ACAUUUUCGAAAGUUCAAAGUUAAACAGAAAGACAUAUUGUGCCUUACCUAGUGAUCAAAUCUUCCUUUCUGCAAUAUUCAGCUAAAAUUUUAGUAAAACGAAAACAAAAAGUGUAAGAAUUUUUUUUACGCAAAUUAAAAUUCUAGACAGCCAGGAUGCCGAUCAGCCAACAGGAUCUGUGCCGUAUGGCCAGCAUGCAAAGCUGCUGUCCUCGGUUCAGCAAUAGCAAAUCUAGCAACACAUACAUUAGCUACGUUGAUCAGGAUCUGGCAAGCAAGUUUUACAGCGGAGGAUCUUCCAUGGGGGAACUCAGCUGCGACCACUGGAAAUUCUGCGAAAAGAUUCCGAAUCGUUCGGAGGUGGAGGCCGAUUCCUUGGGCAGUCCUGUGGGUCUGGUCUGCUCGAAUGCCACCCUGAACAAUCCUUGCGGCAGCAGUCCGAAGCAGGAGGAGGCGAAUGUCCUGAAUUUUGCCAUAUACCUGAAGGCUUUUGCUUUGAUUUAUGUCCUGCCUGAGGUGGAUUGGACGGCGGAGAAGAUCGACAUGCUGCUGGAGGAGGGCACCGACUUAUUCCGGGCCAGCUCCGAAUCAGAUCGGGAGCAGGGCGACCAGGAGGCCAAUUGGCUGCUCCAACCGGAGAUUUACACAAACGAGGAGAAACGGAUCAAAAGGAACUUUAAUCUCGAAGGGCACACCUUUACUUUGGCCUUGGAACCCCCUUACCUGGCGACUAGCUCAAAACCCCUGAACCAGCAACCGCCAUACACGAUAAAGAACUUAAGUCCCGUGCUUCAAUGCUUUUUCAAGUCCAGCCGCUACUGCCUCCUGCUCACCCGAGUUGGCCAUCUGCUCGUUUGGCGACGCAGGAAGGUGUUCUUUGUCCUGGACGUGAAGGGAAGGAGGAAGGAUGAUCUUGUGACUGUCCAGGAUAACGGGGUGGCCAUGAUGGUGUGCUUAAAGACAAUCGAAAACGUGGUUCACCUGGCCAGCAACUUGAGUGGCAUUUCGCCUCAGGACGAGUUCACCAUCCGGGAGCUGGUUGUGGUACGACUAGAAACCCCGGAUGGACGCAUCUUCAUGCGGGACACCAGCCACCGGUCCAUCGAAUUCAGGGUGGUAAACAAAAGCUACGCCUACCUGAAGGGCACUCUGCAUCUCUCCCUGAACCAAAAUGAUUCGUUGAGGAACCGCAGCAGCUUGAUGGUGGCGGUUGGCUCGAUCCUGGCCAGCAAAAUAGAUCACCCGGCCAACUGGGACACCAACAUGCUGGAUCGCCUUAUCUGCUAUGGAGUGGAGCUGUGUCGCAGUUGCUGGUCGGACUGCUUGAGGGACUGCAGACCUAUCGACCUGGACGCCUUUCCCACCCAACUCAGGAUGGGGCAGUUUGUGCUGGAGCUCAAGCUGAUUCCGAAUGUGAGAACGGGACACUGGAUGUGUGGCGUCCGAAUCAUCGGCACAGACUUCGAGGCUCACGUCGCGGAGGCUCUCAAGGAGUUCGGCAACGUGGUGUUCCAAAUAAACAGCCAGAUGUACGCCAUGUGGAUCAAGGACGAGUUCUACUAUCUGCUCGAUCCCUAUCGCCACACGAUCGUGGGCACCCAUGUGGCGGAGGACAAGGCUGACGGCGCCAAAUGGGCCACGGUGCGCAUGUUCCGCGACCAGCUGACCAUGCUCAGCGUGUUCCACCAACUGCUGAAGGAGUCCAACCGGCAGUCGGCCUAUUACCUGCACGUGGUCCGUAUCCGUAACCUCGCUGAGUGUCCCGAGGGAUACGCCCUGGCACCUUUGCCCGAGGAUGCGAACAACGAAGAGGUGAAGUCCCUGAACGAACCCAUCCACUUCAACGAGCAGCUGGGAGCGGGUGUCUGCGAUAAGGCCCUGGCGGAGAUCAGCGAUUAUGAGGAAGAUGUGGUCAGCCGCACGGGGGACAGAUUUGAGAUUGAACAGUUCAAACUUCUGGAGGAGCGGCGGAACGCCGGGGCAGAGUGUGAAAUGUGCGAGGAGGAGGUGGGACCCGAGGCAAGGAAUCGCAGGUCAUCCAAAAAGCAAACGGACUCGCGAAUCAAGAAGAAAUCGAGAACUGGCAAAUGUGAAUGUCGUGAUGCUCCCUGCAAGCAUACUUGUUCCAGCGCUCCUGCGAGGUACAGAAUGGCUAUCCAAAAGGAGCAGGAGAUAAUGGAAAAGCAACCCCAGGUAACAAGCCAGAAAGGUGCGGAUUUAAAAAGAAAAACCUCUGGAAGAUCUGAAGGCAGGGUUACCAGCCGAUCUUCCGCCAAGUCCCGUACGAGUCAUACUUCCAACGAAGGUUCAGCUCCUGGCAGGAUUACAAAAACAAAUACGAAAGCACCCCGGUUAACUGGCGGCAGAUCUCCUAGCCAUUCUCCCCUUCACUCCAAAUCUAAGGAUGGGUCUUCUCCUGUUAGAAUUGGAAACCAAAAUAUGAAACCACAUCCACAAGUCGGCGGCCGAUCUGCCACCCAUUGCCCCUCUAAGUCUCAAGUGCGCUCCAGGUCUAGAAAAGGCGCAUCUCUUAACAGGGUUAUGAACAAAAUCAAAAAAAACCCCCCAGGAAAUGGUAGAAAGUCUUCUAUUUAUUCCUCGUUUAAAUCACCUGAGAUUUCAAGAUCUACUGAAACAAAGACUCCUUACGGAAGGAUUGUGAAAAAAAAUGUGCAAAACCAUACAGUAGUGGGUCGCAAAACCUCUCCAUCUCCCUCUAGAUCCCAUGAGCGUUCCCGAUCCAAACAAAGGACUUCGCCUGCCAGGUGGAUUAAACGGAUUUCAAAAGCGCCCAGAGAAAUGGACGGGUAAGUCUUCUAACCACAGAGAUGAGUUUCGCCUGGACGAACCAACUUUAAGGGAUCUUCAAAAAAUAAUGUUUCCAAAGUACUUGUUGCCCAGAGAUCAACAGUCAGAGAAUCAGGUGGCAGGUCACCUGUGCGGUCCAGAUCUAGGAAAAGGUCAUCUUCUGGCAGGUAUACUUCCCCCAAGAGAAACGUUCCCAGACCAAGCCCGGUGACCAGCAAGAGAUCUGAUUUCGGGGACGCAGUUAAAACUGUUUCCAUACCCAACAAAGGUGUUUUGCUACUGAGUGAAGCCUCUGAGCCACUGCCCGCUCUCAAAGAGUCCCCGAAAAUGAUCUUUCCUCAGUCUGACGUAGCCCAGAAACCGGUGGAAAAAUCCACUACUGGUGAAGUGGCUUCUGUGACCGAGGACCACGUUACUCCUGCUGAGGAAAUCGUUAGCCAACCAUACCAAUUAGAGACUGGUUCCUUCCCUGUUGAGGAUUUUCGGAGGGAGGAGAACAGGGAGAGUGAGGAAAGAGAGGAAAAAGAGCUACCGAACGAAACCCCUGGAAAUUGUUGCUGCAGUGCCGGAUUGGAGGACCAGCCCAGAUUUCCAGGCUUCAGUCGGGUGCCGCAACUACUGGCAGUCGCUGGAUCCGAAAGUGGAACCGUGGAGAGCCUGAACCGGCUGCUGUGCUCCGCCUUCAAGGUGGCCAACCGGGUGCUCACGAUGACGCCGUGGGGCGACUACGUGGUUUUCCGACAUCACCCCACCAGCGGGACUGAGUCGGCGGCCACGUGGUUCUACGUAUUCGACGGCUGCACCUGCAACAUCGACCGCUUCAGGCACUUGGAUCUCUCCACGGGCACGGCCGGCUUGAUCGCGUUCCGCAAGCAAUCUGAGGUCGUGUGCCACAUUAUCGACUCGCGGGAGCAGAGGGCUCUCAAUAAGCUGCGCACCCAAGCGGAGGAGCCACCCCACAAGAGGGUGAAAAGGCUGUUGGCUCGUUGACAUCCCGAGAUUUCGACUCUCGAAAUUUUUCAGACACCUCAAAAUCUUGAGUAAACUAAUCUUGUAACUGUGAACCAAUAUGUGAAAAGGCAAUAUUAUGUGGGUUGUACUAGAUUAAGUACAUUUAAGGAGACCCUUUAACUCAUAUUCUUCCCUUUUGCCCCGCGGAAGCUCACGUAAAUAACUUUGAUUAGGUUUUUGAUACCAAAAUAAUAUAUAAAAUUGGACAAGUACUCCAGAAUUGAAGAUGACUUUCGGCAUUAAUCAAUCUUAAAUGAAUUUAAAAUUACCUACGAAUGGACCCGCAAGUUAACAUAAUACCGAAAAUAUUUUUACAAAUAAACAUUUCUUUUACACGUA